GCCCCUGGCCACUCUGCCCUUCGUCCUCCUCCUCCUCCUCUUUCUCCUCGUCCUCCUCCUCCCCGCCGCCCUCCCGGCUGUUCGGCGCCUCGAGCCGGGGCCCUCCGACCGAUCGGCCUCCGGGCGCGGGGGGCUCCGAAACCGCCGCCCCCGGGGCCUCGGCGCGCGGGGGGGCGCCUGAAACCGCCAUGGGCGCCAUCGCGACCCCUCGUCUCCCCUUCCUCCCCUUCCUCCUCCUCCUCCUCCUCCUGGGGGCCCUGGGCGGCGCCUCCGGCUGGAACCAGCACGAGAAAGUCCUGCUGCGGGAAAUCCAGGCCCUCACCCUGCACCGAGGCCAGUUCACCAGCGCCCGACGCAGCGCUCCGGUUCCCCAGCUGCAGUGCACUGGUGGCAGUGCGGGCUGUACCGCCUAUUUUCCUGACGUGGUGCAGUGCCACAACAAAGGCUGGGAUGGCUUUGACGUGCAGUGGGAGUGCAAGGCCGACCUGGACCAAGCGUACAGAUUUGGGAGGAUCGCCGUGAGCUGUGAGGGCUACGAUUACCCCGAAGACCCCUAUGUGCUCAGAGGGUCCUGCGGUUUGGAGUAUAACCUGGAGCUGACCGAGCAUGGCCAGAGGCAGAGGAGGAGUGGCGGAGGCGGUGGCUUCUCCUACUUCUCGGGCCGCUCUCAGAAAGCAGACAUGGCGGAGCCCUCUGUCGGGAAUGGACUAGUUGUUAUCGUGGUCCUUCUUGUCCUGGCCUACGGCAUCUACAAGCUAUUCCUCUCCGGCCCCCGGGACCCUCCUCCGCCGUACUCAGACCACCCUGACACUCAGUGGCAGGACCAGCAGGGGUUCUCCCACCCGGCGGGACCCCCACCUCCAGGCUUCAAAACGCAUUUCACAGGAGCACCUAAUUCCGGUUUUGGGGAGACAUCUGGUUUUGACCAUCCUUUCUCGGGACACCAAGGGACCAGGAACUCCGGGCCCGGGUUCUGGACUGGGCUGGGUACCGGAGGCGUGCUGGGAUACUUGUUUGGCGGGAGCCACAGAGCAAACCCUUUUUCAAACACGUGGGCCAACCCUUCCUGCCCCCCACCACACUUCAACACGUGGAACAGUCCUCCGCCUCGUCCGCCGUGGGACAACUCCUCUGGCUUUGCACCUCCAGAUCCAGGGACCAGAACAAGAACAGCUUCGGGAUUCGGCGGCACCAAGAGGAGAUGAGAAGUCCGGAGGGUGAAUAAAAACUUCUUUGGAUGCAAAGCCCCGUAGUUCCGUCAUUUUCCCUGCAGAAUUGUUCAUUGUGCUUUUUUUGAUCAUUCCUUUGAAUGGAGAGAUGGCUUUGACUCGUUCCAACUCCCUCAAGCAGAGAGCAAGCCCACGUUACACUUUCUCCCUUUUAGGCGAAUGGCUUCUGCAUUUCUUAAAGGUACCCGGGUCCCUGCCUCUCAGAGUGGGCACAGGGUGGUCCUGGCGAGGGCGGAGUAGCUCCGGAGAAACCAUGGUCCCAGCUGCCCAUUUCCAUUGAGAUCUCCGCUUUACCUUCUAGAAGUUGUGCCCAAGACAGUUUAUGAUGACUGCUUUGCUUUGUGUUGCAUUUCCUUCAGGUGGGGAUUUUUUAAAGCAUUUUAUCAAGCUGUUGGUUAGAAAAAAGUGCCCCGGCCUGGUGAGUGG